AUGGAUGAUCCACGGCCGACCCCGAAUCCGCGAGACACAGCAUCCGGAUUGACAACAAACCCAACAGCAUCGUCGGGGCAGCGCAAGCGACCCAUGUUUUCCCAGUCCACGGCAUUCAAACUGCCCACGCUCGGGUCGUCAGACUUUGCCUCCCCAGCCAGGCGCCUGCAAGGCGCACCACCGGGCACGGGCGGAGCCCUCGAUCUCACAGCCUCCCUCGCGAGAACGGGGCCCCUUGGCGCCACAGCCACAGCCUCGGCCUCAGCCACAGCACCAACGAGGCGCGUCUGGCCAACAGAUGCCGCGUCCAAGAACCUGCGCAACGAGGCCGUGCCAGGGGGCACCUCGCUGUUGCACUCCCCACAGCAUGCACAACACGGCCAGCAGCAGCAGCAGCAGCAGCGACGCGCUGCCGACGCGUCGGACGUCGGCACAAUGACGCUCACACGCACCCGCCCACACAACACGCGCAAGCGGCAGCCCGUGGCACCAGCGCCCAGCACACGGCAAGCCGUGUCGCGCGCCCUCAAGGACCGCGACCAGUUUCGCGCAUCUUUGGUGUCCAUCAUCAUGCAGGCCGACUCUCAGCAACGCACGCGUGGACGCGGGGGCGAGCUGCCCCCACUGGAUCCUGCCACGGACCCACGCGGCCGCCUGCCGAGCCCGCCCCAGCCUGCAGACCCGCUCGUCGCAGCAUCGCAGCGCAAGUCGUCUGGCGACGCCGCCACCCCUGGCCUUGAUGAUGACGGCGAGCCCACCGACGCCAGCGACGCGGAGAAGGAGCUCAUGCGCUACUACUACUACAUCAACAACGGCAUUGACACAGAGCACGUGACGCCGAUGGAGGACUCGUGGCUCAACAACAUCAAGGCGCUGCUGGACGCGUCCCUCAAGCAGCGCUGCGCGGGCCUCGUCGACUCGCUCGCAGAGGAGAUCCGCGACGACUACGUGCUUGGCGUGAAGAAGUCCAUUGUCGACUUUGUGCUGCACGACUCCUCCUCCAGCGGCCAGGGCGACGCGUCCUCCGCGGCAUCGUCCAGCGCGGGCCCCGAUGCAAAGCGCGCCAAGGGGGCCGCCGACGCCAGCCACCUCGCCACCUGGCCCGCGUUUGCAAAGCACCCGGAGCUCUCCACCGUGCCCAAGGAGUGGACCGACCGCUUCUACGCCGCGCGGAAGCACAUGAAGCGCAACCUGGUGCUGUGCAGCCCGGGCAUGGCCAGCCUGCUCAUGCUGUGGGCGGACCUUGGCGUCAAGUCGCUCAUCCGCGCCGAGGACCUGUGCAAGAAGGGCGCCGCCUUCGACGUCAACCUCCUCGACAAGACCAUCACCAUGCAGAUUGACGAGGCGCGCCACUCCCUGCAGCGCGAGUGGAUCCAGCGGGCGGGUGCUCUCCUCGACGCCCUCAAGGCCAAGGCCAUGCUCCGCGCUCACUCCAUGCAGGCCCUGUACGAGGCCGCGUAUGCCCUCAUGAGCGCGCAGCUGCGCCAGCUGGCCAUGAACUCGCUCACAGAGCUGGUCGACCUGCUGACCAACCAGCCGCAUGCCACACACCGCUUCCCGGGCUACGUGCUCAAGCUCUCCCUCACAGACACGCAGCUGUCGUACGUACCCGGUGCGCAGGCGGCGGCCGCGGUGGUCCUUCGCGCCAUGGACAAGAUUGUGCAGAGCGUCUCCGGCCUGCCCCGCGUGGAGUACACGAUGAACGAGGACAGGCCGCUCGGCAAGGAGCGCUACCUGCACGCCAACCUUGACCAGUCGUUCAUUGCGGCGUUGCGGCAGCGCGUGGAGGAGCACUUUGAGCACCACGCCAGCGCCCCACAGCGCUACCUGGAGACGUACGCGCCGUACGAGCGCCUCAUCACCAUGCAGGCGGAGGACGAUCUGCAGGAAUUCUUCGCCGCCAACACGUCCUUUGAGGCGCGCAUCAAGGAGGCCGCACGCUACCGCAAGCUGGCCGAGGAGACGCAGUACAUUCUCCCGCGCGUCAAGAUGAUUGAGAUCUUCGAGGUGCGCGCAGAGCCGGCGAACAUCGAGCUCACCUCCCGCGCCACCCGCCUCGUCGACACAAUCUUCCAGAAGAUUGCAAAGGAGACAGAGGUCGCGAACCAAGAGCUGUGCGAGCAGUUUUCUGAGAUUGCAGAGAAGGCGGCCAAGGUGCCCGAGAACACCGAUGAGCUCAUGCAGCUGCGCGAGUUUAUGGAGAAGGUUGAGAUGGAGCGCCUGCCAAAGCUUGAGCUCGCCGUGGCAGACUCCAGAAAGAAGAUGGACUACCUCAUCGAUCACGCGUCCAUCGACAUGGAGGAGAUUGUGCUGAUGGGACGGACGCUGCAGUGGACGACGCGCAUGCAGCCGAUCAUCGACGACCACAAGGCGCUGAUCCGCUCAUCGCGUGAGAAGGCAGAGGCGGCCCUGCUGCAGCGCAGGGAGCAGCUCAACGCAGACCUCGACGAGUACUUUGAGCAGCUGGAUGCGUUUGAGUCCCUGGGCGACCUGGACGCCGUUGCGCAGUACAAGGAGCAGGCGGAGGCGCUCAACGCCCAGCUCGAGGACGCCGUGGACCGCAUCGAGGCCAUCAACAAGGAGGAGGAGGCCUUUGACUGGGAGAACACGCAGUACCCGCUGCGCCACAAGGCCGCCAGCAAGCUCGCGCCGUUCCUCACCCUGUACCAGGCGGUUGUGGGCUUCAACGAGCAGCUGGAGCAGUGGAUGGAGGGUGACUUCUCUGCCAUUGACCCGGAGGAGGUGGAGAACACCGUGGGCACGACCUGGCGCAACCUGUACAAGCUGGAGAAGACCUUCUCCGAGAAGGAGGCGCCGCGCAGCAUCGCCGCCAACGUCAAGACGUCCGUCGACGAGUUCAAGGACCACAUGCCGCUCAUCCAGGCCCUGUGUAACCCGGGCCUGCGCGACCGCCACUGGGACCAGAUCAGCGAGAUUGUCGGCUUUGACCUCAUGCCGGACGAGGACACGACGCUGUCCAAGCUGCUGGAGAUGAACCUGGAGCCGCACCUGGAGCAGUUUGAGGGCAUCUCCGAGGCGGCCACCAAGGAGUUCUCCCUGGAGAAGGCGCUGCGCAAGAUGAAGGAGGAGUGGAGCGACAUGGAGUUUGGCAUGGUCGAGUACCGCGACACCGGCACCACCAUCCUCUCCUCCGUGGACGAGAUCCAGCUGCUGCUUGACGACCAGAUUGUCAAGACGCAGACCAUGCUCGGCUCGCCUUUUGUCAAGCCGUUUGAGGAGGAGAUGCGCGAGUGGAACGCCACGCUCAUCAAGCUGCAGGACAUCCUCGACGCCUGGCUCAAGGUCCAGGCUACGUGGCUCUACCUCGAGCCCAUCUUCAGCUCCCCAGACAUUAUGGCGCAGAUGCCGGAGGAAGGCCGCCGCUUCAAGGUCGUGGACGGCACCUGGCGCGACCUCAUGAAGCAGGCCAUCAAGGACAAGCACGUUCUGGUGGUGAUUGAGCUGGACAAGAUGCUUGAGAAGCUGACCAAGGCCAACGACCUGCUGGAGCUGAUCCUCAAGGGCCUCAACCGCUACCUCGAACAGAAGCGCCUCUACUUCUCCCGCUUCUUCUUCCUCUCCAACGACGAGAUGCUGGAGAUCUUGUCCGAGACCAAGGACCCGACGCGCGUGCAGCCGCACCUGAAGAAGUGCUUCGAGGGCAUUGCCAAGCUCACCUUCACAGAGGACCUGGACAUCACCCACAUGCGCUCGAGCGAGAACGAGGAGGUGGAGCUGGACACGGUCAUCUCCACGGCGGAGGCGCGCGGCCAGGUCGAGAAGUGGCUGCUGCAGCUCGAGUCCAUCAUGCGCUCGUCCAUUCGCAAGAUUAUGGUCGAGGGCAUUGCCUCCUACCCCAACACCAAGCGCACGGACUGGAUCCAGUCCUGGCCGGGCCAGGUCGUCCUCGCCGUUACGCAAAAGUACUGGACCACAAGCGUGCACGAGGCCAUCCGCGGCGGGCCUGACGCCCUCACAAAGUACCUCAACAGCUGCAACGAGGACAUCAACGACGUCGUGGAGCUGGUGCGCGGCAAGCUCAGCAAGAACAUCCGCACCACGCUCAGCGCCCUCAUCGUGCUUGACGUGCACUCGCGCGACGUGCUCACGGGCCUGAUCAAGGACGGCAUCCAGCGCGACGACGAGUUUGCCUGGCUGUGCCAGCUGCGCUACUACUUUGAGGAGGAGCAAGUGGUCACCCGCAUGAUCAACUCCACCCUCAACUACGGCUACGAGUACCUGGGCAACACCGGCCGCCUCGUCGUCACGCCGCUCACAGAUCGCUGCUACCGCACCCUCUUUGGUGCGCUGGAGCUCCAUCUCGGUGGUGCGCCCGAAGGCCCCGCCGGUACCGGCAAGACCGAGACUGUCAAGGAUCUCGCAAAAGCCGUCGCCGUCCAGUGCGUCGUCUUCAACUGGCGUUCGCUCACCGGCUCGGAUGGUCUUGACUACAAGGCACUGGGCAAGUUCUUCAAGGGCCUUGCGUCCUCUGGCGCCUGGUCGUGCUUCGACGAGUUCAACCGCAUCGACCUGGAGGUGCUCUCCGUCGUUGCACAGCAGAUCCUCACAAUCCAGCGUGGCAUCAACGCGGGCAUGGACAAGAUUGUGUUUGAGGGCACGGAGAUCCGGCUCAUCCCCACGAGCUCCGUGUUCAUCACCAUGAAUCCCGGUUACGCCGGACGCUCCGAGCUGCCAGACAACCUCAAGGCGCUCUUCCGCACCGUGGCCAUGAUGGUGCCAGACUACGCCCUCAUUGCUGAGAUUGUGCUGUACUCUGUUGGCUUCCGCAACGCACGCUCGCUCUCCGUGAAGAUUGUGGCCACGUACCGCCUGUGCUCGGAGCAGCUGUCGUCGCAGUACCACUACGAUUACGGCAUGCGCGCCGUCAAGUCUGUGCUCACCGCCGCAGGCAACCUCAAGCUCAAGUACCCGGAGCAGAGCGAGGACAUUCUCAUGCUGCGCUCCAUCACGGACGUCAACCUGCCCAAGUUCCUGUCGCACGAUCUCCCGCUCUUCCGCGGCAUCAUCUCCGACCUCUUCCCGGGCAUCAAGCUGCCGGAGCCGGACUACGAGGUCAUGCUCAAGGCCAUCCACGAGAACUGCGCCAAGCGCAACCUGCAGCCGCACCCGGCCUUUAUCGAGAAGAUUCUGCAGAUCUACGAGAUGAUGAUUGUGCGCCACGGCUUUAUGAUCGUGGGCGAAGGGUUUGGCGGAAAGACGGAGGCGUACCGCGUGCUGGCCGGCGCCCUGCACGACCUGCACGAGCAGAAACUCAUGGAGGAGAACGCCGUGGAGAUCACCGUCAUCAACCCAAAGGCCAUCACCAUGGGCCAGCUCUACGGCAGCUUCGACCCCGUGUCGCACGAGUGGUCUGACGGCGUGCUCGCCGUGAGCUACCGCCACUUUGCCACGUCCACCACGCCCGACCGCAAGUGGCUCAUCUUCGACGGGCCCGUCGACGCCAUCUGGAUCGAGAACAUGAACACCGUCCUCGACGACAACAAGAAGCUCUGCCUCAUGUCUGGCGAGAUUAUCCAGCUCGCCGACACCACCAACCUCAUCUUCGAGCCCAUGGACCUGGAGGUCGCCUCCCCCGCCACCGUGUCCCGCUGCGGCAUGAUCUACAUGGAGCCGCAGAACCUUGGCUGGGAGCCCCUGCUCACGUCCUGGCUGGCCACCCUGCCGGACACGCUCAGCGAGAGCCACCACGAGCGCCUGUCCAAGCACUUCCACCGUGUCGUCCCGCCCACGCUCGAGUUUGUGGCGCACGCGGGCUACCGCCACCUCUCCUACGCCGGCGACAUCAACCUCGUGCGCUCGUGCAUGCACAUGUGCGACGCGCUCAUGGACGAGUUCCGGGACCCCAAGGCCUUUGAGCAGCUGUCCGAGGCGCAGGUGUGCAACUGGCUCGACGGCAUCUUCUUCUUUGCGUUUAUGUGGUCGCUCGGCGGCAGCACCAACACGGACGGGCGGCAGAAGUUUGACGUGCUCAUGCGCCGCCUCAUGACCACGGGCCUGGACGCCCAAAUUAUGGCGGAGUACAACAUCCUCACCAAGUGCGGCCCGCCCGACGAGCCGCUCGCCGCCACCAUCCCGGAGGAAGGGCUCGUGUACAACUACUUCUUCCACAAGGAGGGCACCACCGGCGAGUGGGUGCACUGGAGCUCGCGCGUGGACACCUCGCCCUUCCCCAAGGACGCGUCGUUCAACACCAUCACCGUACCCACCAUCGACACGGCGCGCUACCAGUACCUCAUGGACCUGCUCGUGCGCCACCAGAAGCUGGCCGUCUUCGUCGGCCCCACGGGCACGGGCAAGUCCGUGUACAUCAACGGCUUCCUGCAGCACCAGCUGCCCAAGGACACGUUCAAGCCCUUGGUGGUCAACUUCUCCGCGCAGACGUCCGCGCAGCAGACGCAGGAGAUUGUGCUGGGCAAGCUCGACAAGCGGCGCAAGGGCGUGUUUGGCCCGCCCAUGGGCCAGCGCGUGGUCGUGUUUGUGGACGACCUCAACAUGCCGGCCAAGGAGGAGUACGGCGCGCAGCCGCCGAUUGAGCUGCUGCGGCAGUGGCUGGACCACUGGAACUGGUACGACCUGCAGGACUGCUCCAACAUUGGCCUGGUCGACAUCCAGCUCAUCUGCGCCAUGGGCCCGCCGGGCGGCGGCCGCAACACGGUCACGCAGCGGUUCAUGCGCCACCUCCACUGCAUCACCAUCAACGAGUUUGACGACGAGACCAACCAGCAGAUCUUCCGCCGCAUCAUGGAGUGGCACAUUGACGCGCGCGGGUUUGAGGCGGGCUUCUCCGACGUGGCGCACAAGAUCGUGCGCGCCACGGCCGAGGUGUACAAGGCGGCCAUCAAGAGCCUCCUGCCCACGCCGGCCAAGUCCCACUACCUCUUCAACCUGCGCGACUUUGGGCGCGUGAUUGCGGGCGUGAUGAUGUCCGGCCCGGCGUCGCUGCCGGAGGUGACGGACAUGCAGCGGCUGUGGGUGCACGAGGUGUACCGCGUCUUCUACGACCGCCUGGUCUUUGACGAGGACCGCGCCUGGCUGUUUGGGUACGUGAAGCAGACGUGCGAGGAGCACCUGGGCACGCCCUUCAACACGCUCAUGUCGCACCUCGACUUUGACGGCGACGGCGAGGUCACCGACGACGACCUGCGCUCCCUCAUGUUCUGCGACUUUGAGAACCCCAAGGCGGAGGCCAAGGACUACAUGAUGGUGCAGGACGUGGAGACGCUGCGCGGCGUCUGCGAGGGCUUCCUGGACGAGUACAACAACAUCAGCAAGAAGCGCAUGGACCUCGUCCUCUUCCGCUUCGCCAUUGAGCACAUCACCCGCAUCGCGCGCAUCGUGCGGCAGCCGCGGUCGCACGGCCUGCUGGUCGGCGUGGGCGGCAGCGGGCGGCAGUCCCUCACGCGCCUCGCCGCGUACAUCAACGACUUUGAGGUGAUCCAGAUUGAGAUCAGCAAGAGCUACAACAUGGAGGACUGGCGCGAGGACGUCAAGCGCAUCAUGCGCACGGCCGGCGAGAAGGGCGAGCACACGGUGUUCCUCUUCACGGACAUGCAGAUCAAGGAGGCGGCCUUCCUGGAGGACAUCUCCAACCUGCUCAACUCGGGCGAGGUGCCCAACAUCUUCCCGCUGGACGAGAAAACGGAGAUUAUCGAGAAGAUGCGCACCGUGGACAAGUCGCGCCCGAAGCACAUGAAGACGGACGGCACGCCGCUGGCCCUCUACAACCUGUUCAUCUCGCGCGUGCGCGACUACCUGCACAUUGUGCUGGCCAUGAGCCCCAUUGGCGACGCCUUCCGCAACAACCUGCGGCAGUUCCCCUCGCUGGUCAACUGCUGCACCAUCAACUGGUUCCAGGCCUGGCCCGCGGACGCCCUGCAGAUUGUGGCGCAGCGCUUCCUGGAGGACGUGGAGAUGGGCGAGGACCUGCGGCACCACUGCGUGCAGCUGUGCCAGGAGUUCCACGAGAGCACGCGCGCGCUGUCCGAGCGCAUGCUGGCGCAGCUGCGCCGCCACAACUACGUCACGCCCACGUCGUACCUCGAGCUCAUCAACACGUACAAGGUGAUGCUGGACAACCGGCGGCAGGCCGUGUCCAAGCAGAAGCGGCGGUACGAGGUGGGCCUGGAGAAGCUGCGCUCCGCGGCGUCGCAGGUCGACGGCAUGAAGGAGGAGCUGGUGGCGCUGCAGCCGCAGCUGCAGGCGGCGCAGAAGGAGACGGACGCGGCCAUGGUGGAAAUUGAGGCGUCGUCCAAGGACGUGGCUGAGCAGCAGAAGAUUGUGGCCGCGGACGAGGCCGUGGCCAACGAGCAGGCGCAGGCGGCCAAGGCCAUCAAGGACGAGUGCGACGCCGACCUGGCUGAGGCCAUCCCCAUCCUCAACGGCGCCCUCGCUGCGCUGGACACGCUCAAGCCCAGCGACAUUGGCGAGGUGAAGGCCAUGAAGCGCCCGCCAGACAUUGUGCGGCUGGUCAUGGAGGCCGUGUGCAUCCUCAAGGGGGAGAAGCCCGACCGCGUGCCGGACCCGAGCGGCAGCGGGAAGAAGAUCACCGACUACUGGGGGCCCUCGCUGCGCCUGCUCGGCGACAUGAAGUUCCUGCAGUCGCUCAAGGACUACGACAAGGACAACAUCUCGCCCAAGGUGAUGAAGGAGAUUCGCGACCGCUUCAUCCCGGACGAGAACUUUGUGCCGGAGAAGGUGGCCAAGGCCUCGGUUGCCGCGGAGGGCCUGUGCAAGUGGGUGCGCGCCAUGGAGGCGUACGACCGCGUGGCCAAGGUGGUGGCGCCCAAGAAGGAGGCGCUCAAGCAGGCCGAGGGCGAGCUGGCGCAGGCCAUGGCCACGCUCAAGGAGAAGCAGGACAACCUGGCCGCCAUCCAGAAGAAGCUGCAGGACCUCAAGGACAAGUUCAAGGAGCUCAACGACAAGAAGGAGAGCCUGGAGGCGCAGGUGGAGCUGUGUGCCACCAAGCUCAAGCGCGCGGAGAAGCUCAUGUCCAGCCUGGGUGACGAGAAGGACCGCUGGAUGGCCACCGCCGACGCGCUCGGCGUGACGUACACCAACCUGACUGGCGACGUGCUGGUGUCCUCGGGCCUGGUGGCGUACCUGGGCGCGUUCCCGUCGCAGCUGCGCCAGGAGCAGUGCGACGAAUGGAUGCAGCGGUGCCAGGCGCUGCACAUCCCGUGCUCAGAGACGUUCUCGCUGGCACGCACGCUGGGUGACCCCGUGAAGAUUCGCGAGUGGAACAUUGCCGGCCUGCCCACGGACAGCUUCUCCGUGGACAACGGCAUCAUCGUGCAGUACUCGCGGCGCUGGCCGCUCAUGAUUGACCCGCAGGGGCAGGCGAACAAGUGGGUGAAGAACAUGGAGAAGGAGAACAAGCUGACGGUGGUGAAGCUGUCGGACUCGGACUUUGUGCGCUCGCUGGAGAACGCCAUCCAGUUUGGCACGCCCAUCCUGCUGGAGAACGUUGGGGAGGAGCUCGACUCCAUCCUGGAGCCCGUGCUGCUCAAGCAGACGUUCAAGCAGGCCGGCACCAUGUGCAUCCGCCUCGGUGACACCACCAUCGAGUACUCCAAGGACUUCCGGCUGUACAUCACGACCAAGCUGCCCAACCCGCACUACCUGCCCGAGACGGCGGUGAAGGUGACGCUGCUCAACUUCAUGAUCACGCCCGCGGGCCUGGAGGACCAGCUGCUGGGCAUUGUUGUGGCGGAGGAGCGGCCCGAGCUGGAGGAGGAGAAGAACGCGCUCAUUGUGCAGUCUGCCAAGAACAAGCGCCAGCUGAAGGAGAUUGAGGACAAGAUUCUGGAGGUGCUGUCGUCGUCGGAGGGCAACAUCUUGGAGGACGAGAGCGCCAUCAACGUGCUGUCCUCGUCCAAGGUGCUGGCCAACGAGAUUAGCGAGAAGCAGCAGGUUGCCGAGGAGACGGAGGUGAAGAUUGACACGGCGCGCGCCGGGUACAAGCCCAUUGCCGCCCACUCGUCCGUGCUGUUCUUCACCAUUGCGCAGCUGGCCAACAUCGACCCGAUGUACCAGUACUCGCUGCCGUGGUUCACCAACCUGUUCCUCAACGCCAUUGAGCAGAGCAAGCCCUCGGAGGACCUGGCCAAGCGCCUGGAGAACCUGCGGGACUACUUCACGUACUCGCUGUACAAGAACGUGUGCCGCUCGCUGUUUGAGAAGGACAAGCUGCUGUUUGCCAUGCUGCUGUGCGUGAACAUCAUGCGCAAGGAGGGCAACAUCGACGCGGGCGAGUGGAUGUUCUUCCUCACGGGCGGCGUCGGCCUGGACAACCCGCACGCCAACCCGGCCGAGGAGUGGCUGCCCUCCAAGGCCUGGGACGAGCUGUGCCGCCUGAAUGACCUGCCUGCGUUUGUGGGCCUGCGCGAGGAUGUGGAGACCAACACGUCCGAGUGGAAGAAGAUGUACGACUCGUCGCAGCCGCACAACGACCCGCCACCCACGUUUGGGGAGCGCUUCACCUCCUUCCAGCGGCUGUGCGUGCUGCGCGCGGUGCGGCCGGACAAGGUGGUGCCCGCGGUGCAGAACUUUGUGGAGGAGCACAUGGGCCGCAAGUUCAUUGAGCCGCCGCCGUUUGACCUGGCGGGCGCGUUUGCAGACUCGCACAGCUGCAUUCCGCUCAUCUUUGUGCUGUCGCCUGGCGGUGACCCGAUGAGCGCGCUGCUCAAGUUUGCGGACGACCAAGGGUACGGGUCGACUAUGGAGACCCUGUCGCUCGGGCAGGGCCAGGGCCCCAUUGCCAUGAAGAUGGUGGAGAAGGCCAUCAAGGACGGCACGUGGGUUGUGCUGCAGAACUGCCACUUGGCGGUGAGCUGGAUGCCCACGCUCGAGCGGCUGUGCGAGGACCUCAACCCAGAUACCACGCACCCCAACUUCCGGCUGUGGCUGACCAGUUACCCGUCGCCACACUUCCCCGUGGCCGUGCUGCAGAACGGCGUGAAGAUGACCAACGAGCCGCCAAAGGGCCUGCGCAACAACAUCAUCCGCUCGUACCUCCUCCACCCCAUUUCAGACAUGGACUUUUUCAACAACUGCAAGCAGGAGAAGGCGUUCCGCAAGCUGUUGUUUGGGCUGUGCUUCUUCCAUGCGCUGGUGCAGGAGCGGCGCGGCUUUGGCGCUCUUGGCUGGAACAUCCCUUACGAGUUUAACGACACGGAUUUCCAGAUCAGCAUUCGGCAGAUUCAAAUGUUCCUGAACCAGUAUGAGAGCGUGGACUUUGAGGCGAUUCGAUACUUGAUUGGGCAGUGCAACUACGGUGGUCGCGUGACGGACGACUGGGAUCGCCGGACGCUCGUGAGCAUCCUCAACAACAUCCUUAAUCAGGAGAUGGUGGACACGGAGAAGUAUGCCUUCUCGCCCUCUGGCAACUACGUGGCCCCGCCGCACGGCGAGUACGAGGACUAUCUCGAGUUUGCGCGGGCGCUGCCGCUCAUCCCGGACCCGGAGGUGUUUGGCAUGCACAGCAACGCCGACAUCACCAAGGACCAAAAGGCCACGCACGAGCUGCUCGACUCGAUUCUGCUGACUCAGGCCUCUGGCGGCGGUGGUGGCGGCGGCCAGGAGGGCAAGUCCGAGGACGAGCGCAUGACGGAGAUUGCCACGGACAUUUUGUCCAAGCUGCCGCCCGCGUUUGACACGGCGGCUGCGCUGCGCAAGUACCCGACGGCGUACGAGGAGAGCAUGAACACGGUGCUGGUGCAGGAGAUGGGCCGCUUCAACCGGCUGACGGCGGUGGUGCGGGACAGCCUCAUCAACAUCCAGAAGGCCGUCAAGGGCCUGGUGGUGAUGAACGCGGAGCUGGAGGCCGUGGCGCACUCGAUGCUCAAUGGCAAGAUUCCCGAGCUGUGGAUGAAGAAGAGCUACCCGUCGCUCAAGCCACUUGGUGGGUACGUCAACGACCUCCUUGCCCGCCUCAGCUUCCUGCAGCGGUGGUACGAGAACGGCCAGCCGCCCGUGUUCUGGAUCUCGGGCUUCUACUUCACGCAGGCGUUCCUCACGGGCGUGCAGCAGAACUACGCGCGCAAGUACACCAUCCCCAUUGACCUGCUUGCGUUUGACUUUGAGGUGAAGGAGGACCGCGAGUACGAUGAGCCGCCGGAGGACGGCGCAUACGUCAACGGACUGUUCCUGGAUGGCGCGCGCUGGGACGCCGAGCGCGGUGUGCUUGGUGAGCAGGAGCCCAAGGUCCUGGCCAACCGCAUGCCUGUGAUCCAGCUCAAGCCUGCGAAGCGCUCUGAGAUUGAGCCGCCGCCGCACUACAACUGCCCCGUGUACAAAACGAGUGAUCGUCGUGGUGUGCUGUCCACAACUGGUCAUUCUUCCAACUAUGUUGUCGCCAUCAAGAUCCCUUCAGACAAGCCACAGGACCACUGGAUCCAGCGUGGCGUUGCGUUAUUGACCCAGCUCGAUGAUUAACUCGUGCGACCCACGUCGAGCUGUGGCUGUCAUUGUUGCGUGGUGUGGUGUGUGAUCGCAGUUCAUUUGUCGCUUGUGUUGUUUGUUGCUUUGUUUUGUGUGUGUGUGUGUGUUUACGUUGUGGUGUCUUCAAUCAUAGCAUGCAUGUCUACUGUCGUCCUUUGAUGAGUCGUUUAACAUGCGUACAAGUGAACACGACAAUGUC